GGUGACUCGGUACCCCACUGCCUUGCCAGAUGACGCGGUGCCCGCUGGCGAGCCAAAUGAACCUGAUGCCUGGUGACCCACUUGUGCCCGCUGUCAAAUACCUGACGAUCCAAUGUCUGACCCAGUGCCCGUGGCCAUGCCAGUUGACUCGGAGCCCCCCACUGUCGUGCCUGGUGACUCGGUGCUUCACUUGCCUCGCCGCUCCGCCAAAUGAACCUGGGGGCCCGAUGCCCCGUCGCCCCCCGCCUGGGGGCCCGAUGCCUGCCUGGGGCCCGGGUCGCCCCGCCUGGGGGCCCGGUGCCAUGCCCGUCGCCUCCGCCCCCGCCUGGGGGCCCGAUGCCUGUCGCCCCUCCUGGGGGCCCGCGCCGCCGGCGCCUCGCCUGGGGGCCCGAUGCCUGUCGCCCCGCCUGGGGGCCCGAUGCCUGUCGCCCCCCGCCUGGGGGCCCCGGCGACACUCCCGCCGCUCCUCCGCCUGGGGGCUUGAUGCCGUCGCCCCGCCUGGGGCCCGGUGCCUGUCGCCCCCGCCUGGGGGCCCGAUGCCUGUC